AUGGUCAGCCAUAGAGCACAAGCGCAGUUUGAACGCGCGAGAUGGCGGACCAUGAUACUUUUGCCAGCAUGGACGCUGCAGCUUCUUCUCACAAUGUCCAUGAUGGGCUUGUUCGCUUGGAGGCUUGGCGAUACAAUCAAGCAUCAUGGCCAACGAGGCCGGACUGCCAAGGUCCCCCCCGCCAUGGAAUUUGCAUGGGAAGCCACCAAUGUUGCCAUGUCCUUCAUCGCCGCAGUGUGCACCCUGGUGGAAAUAGGCAGAUAUGUUGCCGAAGCCUUGACCCCAUGGACGAUGCUCUUUACACACAUCAUCAAGCUCACCUGUGCUUCCGCCAUUCUCGCCCUUGAUGUGGUUGUGUACAGCCAACGAAAGGAGUACCAGUCUCUCGUCGGUCUCGGUCUGGAUAUCGCUCUGUCUGUCACGGCCAUUACUCUAGCUGUCCACGCCGUUCUGACCUAUCGACGGCUGUCCCAACUCGACGACUACAUUCGACCCGUCAGUAACGUGAGAGGAUACGGCUUCAAUGAUGCUGACGGAGCUCAUUCCUACCCCAGCCGCGUGAGCUUGCGGAACUCCAUCGACAAACGACUCUCCGUAGGCUCGCACCGCUUGAGCUUCGGCUCGACCAGCAACGAGCCAAUCGGCUUGCAAAACCUUCAGCGGACGCCCGCUUACUACAGCCACGAACGGGAUACCCAGUUCGACGAGUACGUCGCCCGGGCACGUCGGAACUCUUCCAACCCCAUCCGACCGCAUCUGCACCCAGGAGCCAGCCGAGACUUCCGGCCAGUCGGCGGGCCAGAUGAAUCGUGA